CAAGAAGUCAAAAUAUUUAUCAGGUGAAUUAGUUAAAAGGACUUUACGUAGAUGUCGCGUAAGUAGGGGCUAGAAUUUGACGUUUUCCCCCAAAAAUCUUAUUAUUAUUUAUUAAAAAAUGGGUGUUACGGACGACGUUAUCCUGCCCACAGAAGAAGAACUCACCGUCCCGGAAAUCAAUCUUUCCGGACCAGCUCUAAAAGCUGGAGCCUUUCAUCUGGGAAAAGCCUGCGAAAAUCAAAAUAAUGAGUUUAUGUUGUGUAGAAACGAAUUGGGAGAUCCGAGAAAAUGUAUUAACGAAGGGAAAGCUGUAACUAACUGCGCUAUGAAUUUUUUUAGGCAAAUUAAGAAAACCUGCUCUGGCGAAUUUAUGCAGUAUGUUAACUGUCUUGAUAAGUCCAGUCCUGAUCAGGCUUUUAAUCCAUGUCGUAAAACACAAGCUGUUCUAGACAAGUGUGUGAAAGAUAACUUGGGUAUAGAUCGUCCACCUUAUGAUUACUACACCAGAGUUCAUGUACAUAAAACUGCCAGGCCAAGGCUGCCAGUGGAGGGACCCACUGUUUACGAAGACGCUACACCUAGGCUUCCCGAAGACAUACCAAAACCAGAAGCCAAAUAUGGUUCUCGUUACAUUUUCUUAUGGUAACUGUUCAUUGCAAUUGCAAUCAUUGGUUUGUUCUGCUGGAUGUUGUUGUAAUAUGUAGUGCAAAAUAUAUACAAUAGUUGUAAAUAAAUUUCCUAAAAUUUUAUUGUUAUUUUAUCAAAAAAUGUCUAUUAUAAUGAAAUAUUGAAAAGGUUUUCAUAUAUGAAAUCUGAAAAAAUGUUGCUAAUAAAAUAAAUU